AUGCUAACCACAAAAGCAGGCACCAAUCCACCCAAGAAAAAACAGACGAUGAUGGAGAAGUGUUUAGAAAUGUCUAUAGUGAAAACCAAUUUCAGUGGUUUAUUACAUACAACUCAUGGCCCUUUUACUCCCACCAAGAUACUGAAGCCUCAGAUUAAACCCUCCACCCUAACGCCGUCGUUUUCUGCCCUUACUUUCAACCGCACCAUCGCCUGCAACUCUUCCGUAAGUGAAGUUGAAGUGGUAACAGCCUGCUCAUGGACUGAAUUGGUGGUAGCAGCCGAUAUGCCGGUGCUAGUGGAAUUUUGGGCACCAUGGUGUGGGCCAUGUCAGGUGGUCGAUGAAGUCGCAAAAGAAUACGCGGGUAAGGCUUUGUGCUACAAGCUCAACAUUGACGACUACCCCAACGUCGCGUUACAAUAUGGAAUCACAAGCAUUCCAAGUGUGCUAUUCUACAAGAACGGAGAGAGCAAAGAGAUUGUGAUUGGUGAUGUCUCUAAGUCCACUCUUUGUGCCACUUUAGACAAGUACUUAUCUUGAUAUACAAUUGUUGUCUUGAGGUUUAGCUUAUUUGCAAUUUUAAAGCAAUUUAAAAAGAAAUUGUGAUCAAAUAUAGUGGACACUUGUAUUUGUAUAUGCUAUAUAUAAUUUGUAUAUGCUAAUAUGCUAUAUAUAUACACCCACAUGCUUAAGGUGUUUGAAGAUGAAAAAAACACUUGAUUUUAUUCAA